AUAAUAAUAACAUAGUUACAAAAUUAUCAUUUUUUUCGUUCAGAAUAAAUCUCUCCUCUCAUCUCAUCUCAUCUCAUCAUAAAGACAUAAACGUCAAUUUUGCUCCAGAAUUUUCGUUUACUUCCAACCUUUUCGAUUUUUGUUUUUUUUUUCUUUUUUAAAUAAAAAAUUAUUAUCUUUUCGCAUUAUUAUUCGUUUUUUUUUGAAUAUGGCAAGAAAAUGUUAGCUGAAAACGGUUUCAGGAGAGCCAAUCAGAUGCUACUAAGAACGGAAGCUUAAGCGUCACACACGGUUUGUAAAAACGAAAAUGGCUACGAUUCGGAGAAGAAAAGCUGCGGAGAAUAGUGAGAUUAGCAAAGAAGAAGAAGAAGAACAUAAAGACGAAGAAGAGAGUGAUGAUACAAAGAAAAAGCAACCAGGAAAGGUACAUAAAGCGAAAAAGAAGAGUGAAGAUAAGAAUAAGAACAAGUGGUCUUGUGUGGAUAGUUGCUGUUGGUUCAUUGGAUGCAUUUGUACAGUUUGGUGGGUUUUGUUGUUCUUGUACAAUGCUAUGCCGGCUUCGUUUCCCCAGUACGUGACGGAGGCCAUAACCGGUCCCUUACCGGACCCGCCUGGUAUUAAAUUGAAGAAGGAAGGAGUCAGCGUGAAGCACCCUGUGGUGUUUGUGCCGGGGAUUGUGACUGGUGGGCUUGAAUUGUGGGAGGGUCAUCAUUGUGCAGAUGGGCUUUUUAGGAAACGCCUUUGGGGUGGUACCUUUGGAGAAGUCUAUAAGAGACCUUUUUGUUGGAUGAAACAUAUGUCAUUGGACAAUGAAACUGGGUUGGAUCCCUCUGGCAUAAGGGUCAGGCCUGUGACUGGACUUGUGGCUGCUGAUUACUUUGCUCCAGGGUAUUUUGUGUGGGCAGUUCUGAUUGCUAACUUGGCUCGUGUUGGUUAUGAGGAGAAGAACAUGUAUAUGGCUGCAUAUGAUUGGAGAAUCUCAUUUCAGAAUACUGAGGUAAGAGAUCAGACACUAAGCCGGAUAAAGAGUAACAUAGAAUUGAUGGUAGCUACUAAUGGUGGGAACAAGGCAGUUAUAUUACCACAUUCAAUGGGUGUCUUGUACUUUUUGCACUUCAUGAAAUGGGUUGAGGCUCCAGCUCCAAUGGGUGGUGGGGGAGGACCAGACUGGUGUGCUAAACAUAUAAAGGCAGUGAUGAACAUUGGUGGACCCUUUUUGGGUGUUCCAAAAGCUGUUGCUGGUCUUUUUUCUUCUGAAGCCAAGGAUGUUGCAGUUGCCAGGGCUAUUGCACCUGGUUUUUUGGAUAAUGAUAUAUUUCGCCUUCAAACUUUGCAACAUGCUAUGAAGAUGACUCGCACAUGGGAUUCAACAAUGUCAAUGAUACCAAAAGGUGGGGACACUAUAUGGGGAGCUCAUAAUUGGUCGCCUGAGGAUUGCUAUAAUCUUAAAGAAAGUCAAAGAAACAAUGACACCCAGAUUUCAAGUGAAGAGAGGAUUGAAAAAUUGUCUUCUCAAUCAAAAUCUGCUCAUUAUGGAAAAAUGAUAUCGUUUGGAAAAGAUGUAGCAGACGCACAUUCGUCUGAGAUAGAGAGAAUUGAUUUUCGGGAUGCAAUCAAGGGGAACAAUAUUGCAAAUAGUACUUGUCGUGAUGUGUGGACUGAAUAUCACGACAUGGGGAUUGAGGGAAUCAGAGCUGUUGCAGAUUAUAAAGUGUACACUGCUGAAGAAGUUGUGGACCUACUUCAUUUUGUUGCCCCAAAAAUGAUGAAGCGGGGUAGUGCUCACUUCUCUUUUGGAAUUGCUGAUAAUUUGGAUGAUCCAAUGUACAAUCAUUACAAAUAUUGGUCAAACCCUCUGGAGACUAAAUUACCAAAUGCUCCUGAUAUGGAAAUCUUUUCUCUUUAUGGAGUUGGAAUACCAACUGAAAGAGCCUAUGUUUAUAAGUUAUCUCCUGCAGCUGAGUGCUACAUUCCAUUUCAAAUAGACACUAAGGCUAAUGAUGAAGAGAACUGUUUGAAAGAUGGGGUGUAUUCUGUAGAUGGGGAUGAAACAGUGCCUGUUUUAAGUGCAGGUUUCAUGUGCGCCAAAGGUUGGCGGGGAAAGACCAGAUUCAACCCUUCAGGGAUGAGAACAUACAUAAGAGAGUAUGAUCACUCCCCUCCGUCCAAUCUACUUGAGGGUAGAGGUACUCAGAGUGGUGCUCAUGUUGACAUAAUGGGAAAUUUCGCUUUGAUCGAGGAUGUCUUAAGAGUGGCAACUGGUGCUUCUGGAAAGGAUUUGGGUGGCGAUCAAGUCCACUCCGACAUUUUUAAGUGGUCUGAGAAGAUCAACUUACGUCUAUAAUUUAAGUGGUAUGUAUUCCUUCUAUUGUUCUAACCAUAAAUUUUGAUGACCAUUAGCUUAGCUCAACCAAUUUAUGUGUGGCCAUACUACACUAAAAAACUGUCUGUUGCUUGAUAUUACCGAUUAAUUUAUUUGAAAUAAGCUUGUUGUAAAAUUCCUUAGGACCCAAACUUAGAAGAAGAUAAUCCAAGACAACCAAUAACAGAAAAAAUAAAAAAGCUAAGGUUAUACUGGAUCAUACUAAAACAGUGUCCACCUUCCAGAUUGAUCCCCCUAGAACCUCUCCUCUAGCAAAGAGAAUUAGAAUAAGUUACACACACAGCUAUGCUAAUUUAUUAAUUUGUCCAUGGUAACUGUUAUUCCAAACAUCUACACACAUACAGCACCUGUUGACACACAACACCUCUAGAGACACCCAAUAGGAAAACUCAGAUGAACAAGGAUUCCUUUUUCAACAUUCUCUCUUGAUCUCAACAUAGAUGACUCUCUUUUUCAUACACAAAAGACUCUCUUGAUCUCUUGUUCUCUCUUUUGUUCAGAAUAAAAUGACUCACUAUUAUAGUCAACUAACCUAACUAAAGGAAUUAAACAUUGUAACUAACAUUCAACUAACUACAGUUAAUUUACAAUCUCCAACAAAUAUAUUUUGAACUUAUCACCUUAUUGUCUAUGCACUUUUUCUAACAGAGUGCAGACUUUGCCCCCAAAAGAUAACCACGUUGUGUUUUGCUAAGAAUAUGAGCUUGUACACGACCAUCAAAGCAAACUGUUGAAUGGCAUUCUCAUAUCAUAUAACUUGAAUAAUAAUAUAGUUAUGGAGAGAGAGAGAGACGAUUUUCACUUAGGUCUGGUUCUAUGGGAGGCUCUGAAAGACAAAGGCCAGCUCUUGAAGGGUAUUUCUUAUGAUUAUUUAUUUCCUUAGUUUACUCUGCUAUUUUUUUUAUUUCAGGCAAAAGGAAUGUAUUAAUAUUAAGCUAAUAACAUAAAGCCAUUUAUAAGUUGCUCUAUGUUUUAGUGUAUAAGUAAAUUUGUGGCGGCGUGCAAAUAUAAUGCAAGCACGGUGCCAACUAUAUAUGUAAAGAUUUGCCACGACUUAUAUAAACAUAAUUUACUAUAUCAACAAACUUUGAAAUUUGAA